AUGAAAUUCUACGAGAGUUCGUUCAGCUACGACUACACAUUUCCUGCCGUCACCUUGGCCUACUUUCUCCGCUAUCCCAAUCCAUAUUCGAGACAUGUCUUGAGUUCCGAUGUCAUCGAUCGCUAUGUCGAUCCCGAAACCCAACGUCUGCAUACCGUACGGCUUCACUUGAAGAAGUCCAAGGUGCCUGCCGGCAUUCUCAAAAUCCUCCCUGGGGGCCUCGCCGGCCCUGGUGGCUCGAGCCAGAGUUACAUCCUCGAAAAGAGCACUAUUGACCUCAAGGAAGGCUGGAUGGAAACCGAGUCACGAAACAUGGAGUGGACGGGGAUAUUGAGUGUCGUCGAACGUCAAACCUAUCAGCGGCAACGGCUUUCAGACAUGCCCACGCCGAGCCUGCCUGCGGAUGAUGCACAGCGAUCCAAGGAGACAACUUCGUGCAAAACCGUGGUUACGUUCGUCUCACAUCUGGGUCAAGGCAAGAUCUUUGGUCACAAGAAGCACGAACAUGCUGCAGCUGCCGAGGAGGAGCCGCCCAAGCAGGGUUUCUUUGCUGCGCUGUCGACAGCAGGGAUCCAGAGGACUGUUGAACUUAUCGGUGUUAAGCGAACAAAGUCCGCGUUGGUCAACGGCAAGGAGGGCAUGAAUGUCGUGCUCGAACGGUUGCGCAACGGAGGAAUUGUCGGUGUUCUCGAGGGCAUGAGGAGGGAUCGAAUGGAAGGCAUGGGUGGAGAAGGACAUUGGAAACAAGUCUGGUUGAACCGCCAUGAUUCUGGUGACCAUGACAAGGACUGA